AUGGUGUACCUUAAGACACUAGUCGCCGCUGCCGCCGGCGCAGGCUUAGCCCAAGCUUCGCUCUCCGGCCUCGACAAGAUCCCGCCUCUGGGCCUGGGAACAUGGCUGUCCGACAAGAGCAAAGUCGCCGACGCCGUUGCCUUCGCCGUGGGCGAGGUAGGCUACAACCACAUUGAUGCCGCUCUCAUCUACAGAAACGAAGACCAAACCGGCAAAGGCCUCGCCUCCUCCGGCGUCGCCCGCAAAGACAUCUGGAUCACCUCCAAACUCUGGAACACAGACCACCGCGCCGACCGCGCCGCCUCCGCCAUCAAAAAGUCCAUCUCCGACCUGGGCGUAGACUACCUCGACCUCUACCUAGUCCACUGGCCCGUCGCCUUCAUCCCAGACGACCCCAACAACGCCCUCGACCGCGAGACCACCCUCGUCGACACCUGGAAGACCCUCGAAGGCUUCGUCAAGGCCAACCUGACCCGCCACAUCGGCCUCUCCAACUUCGCCAAAGCCGACGUCGAGACGAUCCUCAAGGCGGCGGAAAUUAAGCCCUACGCCCACGAGUUUGAAACACACCCGUACCUCCAACAGCAAGAGUUCGUAGACUGGCAUAAGGAGAAGGGCAUCGAGGUCAUCGCCUACUCCCCGCUCGCCAACACGAACCCCACCUACAGCGACGACCUGCCCGCCAUCUACCAGGACAAGUUCUGGGUCGACGUCGCGGCCAAGAAGGGCGUUUCCGUCUUCCAGGCCGUGCUGGCGUGGGGUGUCCAGCGGGGCACGAGCGUGAUUCCAAAGAGCACAAAGGACUCGCACAUCAUCUCGAACCGCAAGGCACUUGAGAUUGAGUUCAGUGAGGAGGAGCUCAAGGAGAUUGGCAAGCAGGAUAAGAAGCAUCGCUUGAGUAACCCGGGUGCCAAGUGGGGUGUCAAGCUGUUUGCCGAUUUGGAUGAUCCUGGCAGGAAUGAGCCCACGAGCGAGGAGCUUUAA